AUGGCUCGUGUUGCCGGUGUUGCGUUGAUCCUGUUGGUCGUCGUUGUUUCAGCUACGUUUGUCCCCAACACGGAAGCAAGAAAGCUACUGGAGAAUAGCCGCGGCGGUGGUGGCGACGGAGCAAUUAGCGUGCCGUCUCUGUUCCAGAGCUUGCUUCUAAGUGCCCUUCCCAAGGGCACAGUCCCAGCUUCUUCUCCGAGCAAGAAGGGUCACUCCACGCUGGAUAAUGUGGAGCGUUUCCAGAGGCACCUCGCCCAAAUUGAUCGGAUCCUACGCUCUGUCCCCAGCCCCGGCGUCGGACAUUAA